CAUCAACCAAAAUGGACCCCGCGGAGCCCAAACUCGACCCAACAGACCAACACCCCCCCGCCAAAAGCACCGUGAUAGGCAUCUACGGCAUCCCAGGCGCCGGAAAGUCCUAUCUCCUGAAGCAGCUGCGAGAGCGUCUCGGGACCCAAACCUUCUCAUUCUACGAGGGCUCCGAGGCGAUCAACACCAUCACGCCGGGCGGACUGUCAGCCUUCAAGGAGAUGUCGGGGAGAGACAAGCGUUACUGGCGCGGUCAGGCCAUCGAAUACAUCGCCAAAGGCGGGUCCGGCGGCACGGCCAUCGUGACGGGGCACUUCAUGCUCUCGGACCAUGCGAGCCAGCAGCCAGCGAGUGUGAUGACUACUCGAGAUCUCAAGACCUAUACCCACAUCUUGUACUUGGAUACCCCGGCUGAUGUGGUGUAUCGUCGCCGGGAGGAUGAUGCGGAGAGGGACCGUCCGAGAAUCCCGAUCGCUCAGCUGGGAGAAUGGAGUUAUCACGAGAAGGGCGAGCUGAGAAAACUGUGUCUCAAACAUAAUAUCAUGUUCAUGGUCAUGCCGGACAGUCUUCCGCGGAUUGUUUUGUUGCUUCAGGAUUUCCAGCGCCAUGAUGAGUAUCAUAACCAGAAAGUGGCCGAUGAGUGCCUCGUCGAAGCGGUCUCUGCUGGCAAGGCGUAUCCGGAACAUGUCCUGUUGUUUGACGCGGACAAAACGAUGGCGCCUGUCGAUACGGGCCUGGAGUUCUGGAAACACUAUGACGGGGCUACCAAGUCGUGGGAUACCCUCGUGGAACUGUUCGACAGCCCGCUGGUGUAUUCGUACUCUGGCUUCAAGCAGGCGACUUUGCUUUAUGAGCAGGCGACGGACGACGACAGGUACGACGAGCUCUGCCAGCGGGUUGCAUCUGCAACAAAGCUGUAUCCCGAGAUAACGAGCUUUUUCCGUCGCGUUGUAAGGUGUGAUCAUAUUCGCAUUGUUGUGGUGACUUGUGGGUUGCGUCUGGUCUGGGAGAAGGUUCUGGCGCGAGAAGGCCUUGCGGAUGCGGUCAAGGUGAUCGGCGGGGGACGCAUUUCCGAUGGAUAUGUUGUGACGCCUCGUGUCAAAGGUGACUUGGUCGAAAGACUCAAGACUGAUUAUCAUGGGCAGGUCUGGGCGUUUGGAGACAGCUCGCUGGAUAUAGAGAUGCUCAGCAAAGCGCACCACGCCAUUGUCGUCGUGGGGGACGGAUAUUCCCGGAGUAGAAACAUGGAUGCCGCGUUGCAGAAAGCAAUUGAGAAGGGCCUCCAAGCGCGCCAGGUUCUGCUGCCCGGCACUGCGCCUCUCCGAUUGAACACAACAGUGCUUCCAGUGACCCGCCUCGACGACCCGGUCCUCAUCGAGACCCUCGUGGCAGUCAAGUUCAAACUCAUCCACGCCACUGGCAAAAGCGCGACCAAGCUGCUGCAGACCCCCAUGCGGAACGCAGCGGUGCAAGGCCCAUCAUUGCGCAAGGCCCACCACCAAGUCGGAUGGUACCUCGCAUUCGAGUAUCUGGCCGAUCUUCUUGGCGUGGAAGAGUACAGAAUUGCGCACGUUCAGGGCCAGAUGACCAUCGGGCAUCGACUAGCAAACGAAGAGCGCAUGCUGAUCAUAGGCCUGAUGCGCGGUGGAUUGUCAAUGGCUUUGGGCGUCAACAACGUCUUUGGACACGCGAGUCUCCUGCUUGUGUCCAAGCCUGAGGAGGUCCACCUUGACCAUCUCCAGGGCAAAACGAUCGUGUUGCUUGUGGACUCCGUGGUGAAUAAUGGCAAGACUGUCGCCGAGUUUUUCACGCGCGUUCGCGGCCUGAAGGGGGAUGUUCGCAUUGUGGUGGUCGCUGGGGUUGUGCAGGCGCAGGCUGUGGGCCGCGAUGGUCCGUUGCCGGCGAUCGCUCAGGAUGGAGGACUCACUGUGGUUGCGUUGCGUCUUUCCAUCAACAGAUACACGGGGACCAGGGGGACGGACACGGGCAAUCGCUUGUUCAAUACCAUGGACCUGCCCUGAUUUGCGGGAACGAUAGACCGACUGUCUUGGGAGUUUGAAGGGGUUAUUCACCGUUGUAUUGAUCCAGCAGUUUUGGGUUAUUUGGUAGGGUAGUCGAUGGAAUGGAUGGCUUCGAAUGGAGAAUUGUUG